AUGGACAUAGUAUCCGGCUCGGCGUCCGCGGGGACCACCGCUGCCAUGUCCGACGACAUGGAGGGCCUGGGCGGCAGCGGCGUCUUACCUCAUCUGGACGCCAUCAAGACGGAGCAGGGGCUGCCGGUGAGCGGUGCGGAGGAGGCGGGCAAUCCCAACGUGGCCAUGGGUAUCAAGUUCAUCCUGCCCAACCGCUUCGACAUGAACGUCUGUUCCCGAUUCGUCAAGUCGCUCAACGAGGAAGACAGCAAGAACAUCCAAGACCAGGUCAACUCCGACUUGGAGGUCGCAUCCGUGCUCUUCAAAGCGGAGUGCAACAUCCAGACGUCUCCGUCCGCAGGGAUCCAAGUGCGCCACGUGUACACGCCCUCCACCACCAAGCACUUCUCCCCCAUCAAGCAGUCCACAACUCUCACCAACAAGCACCGCGGCAACGAGGUCUCCUCCACGCCGCUCCUCGUGCACUCUUUAUCCAUUCAUCAGCUGGCAGCUCAAGGCGAGAUGGUCUUUCUGGCCAGCAGGAUCGAGCAAGAGACGGUGAUUAACGCACAAGACGAGGAAGGCUUCACUCCUCUCAUGUGGGCGGCGGCACACGGGCAGAUUGCUGUGGUGGAGUUUCUGCUCCAGAAUGGUGCCGAUCCAAACUUGUUGGCCAAAGGACGAGAGAGCGCUUUGUCGCUGGCGUGUAGCAAAGGAUACACGGACAUUGUCAAAAUGCUCAUCGACUGCGGCGUGGACGUCAACGAGUACGACUGGAACGGAGGCGCCCCGCUACUCUACGCCGUGCACGGCAAUCAUAUCCGCUGCGUGGAGCUGCUACUCGAGAGCGGCGCCGAUCCCACCGUGGAGUCCGACUCGGGAUUUAACGCCAUGGACAUGGCAGUGGCCAUGGGACAUCGCAACGUCCAACAGGUGAUGGAGGCGCACCUGCUCAGGUUGCUGAUGGCCAUACGAGAGUGACGCCAUUGCCGACUGCGCUGCUCGGAGCUCAUUUGACGCUCGUUUCGGUUGCUUUUGCUGCACGUUACCCAUCGCACAUUAUUUAUUUCAAGCCUCUCGAUGUUACUUAAAAAAGAAUGUUCUAUUUAUUUUUAAUUUAACAACUCUUGUACUGUUUUUAAAUUGUAAUUGAGUUUUUAGUUUUGUGUACGCAUUUUUUGAUUACACCGCACUUCAAGUGCAAUUUAAAAUCGUCACUUGUUUUUAAUGUAAAAUACGUACGAUUUAAACUCAUUUGUGGUUAAAAAAAGUUUUGCAAUGAUAAUCUUCCCUUCAAAAGACACAAGAGAAAUUGUGUAAUUAAAUUUCAAAUUCAAUUACGAUUUUGUAAAGUAACCCACCAUGUUUGUCGGAGGCAUUAAGUCCCUCUUGUAUUUAUCAAACUUGUUCCUGUUUGGAAGUAAACAAUCGUGCGCACGUUUA